AUGGCCAAUGACGUUGGGCUUCUCUGCAGACUCCCGAAGUCUUUAGUAAAGGAGCGGAAGCAAGAGAUGUGGGCUGGCCGCCCGCGAUACGGCCAGAGCGCGGUGUACGUCGUCACGCUGGACAUCGGUUCCCUGCGCAGCCGAGGGCUAGAUCUGGAGCAAGCAGUAUCUUGCAAAAUGGUGUCUUCCGAGUGUCAGUGUGGACCGCCACUCUUGCUUUCCAUGACCAGCCGGAUGCAGAGAGCCCAGCUGCAGCUACAGCCAAAGAUCUUCAAUGCCCUCGGCGUGGCUGAGGUUGCGAUAUGCCUGGUGGUCAUGGACCACUCAGUCAUGAGCAAGGACAGUUGGAGGUUGGUAGGCUACAUGCUCGUGGGCGUUCGGCAGAAGAAGGGCGGUCCUGAGACCUUCUUGGCAUCUGCUGCGCAGCUCAUUGCAGAACUGACUUCCUGGGAAGAUCGGCUGGCGAUGGAGGCCCCGCCCUCACCGGCGAGCGAGCUGGUGCGCGAGGCCAAGGGCGAAAUGCUGCGGCUGAUCACGGAGCAGCUGUCGAAGCCAGGAUCGUCACAGAGCCUAGCUUUCUUCAAGGGCGAGCUCCAGAAGGCAAGUGGUUCCAAAGUUGA